GCUGCUGUCGCUUCCUGUCCGUGCCCAGGUCACCGCUGGCCGUGGUUCCCAGGCUCUGGCCUCCGUUGGGCGAGGAUCCCGGGGUCUGCGGGGCUGGACGCUGUCCGGUCGGGCCGCCACCCAGCGGGCGCGGGGCUGUGCGGGCCAGGGUUCGCGCGGGCGGGAGGGUUCUGGAGCGGGGACCCCCGAGGCGACCCCGGAGCCCGCGGGCCAGGCCCGAGGAGCUGGGCGGCGGGGGCGGCGGGGUCCGGUCCGGGCUGGGCUGCAUCGCGGCGGCCCGGCUGAGGCGCGCGGGACGGUGAGGCCCCGGGAGGGACGUUCUCCUGAGUGAGUUUGUCCCGUAGGCCCAGAGCCGGCUCCUCGGGGACGCGGCCUCGGGAGGAGCAGCGGCGAGGACCCCGGGGGAGAGGCGCCGGAGGAGCAGCCGGGUCCCGGAGCCUCGGGAGCCUUGGGGCAGAUCAGCGAGUCCCGCGGGGUCCAGUGUGAACAAGCUCUACACUUUUCCAAGAGCAGCAGAAAGAUGCGUGAAUUCCAGGAGCCAGUGUCGUUCAGGGACGUGGCCGUGGACUUCACCCAGGAGGAGUGGCAGCAGCUGGACCCCGUGGAGAAGACCACCUACCGGGACGUGAUGCUGGAGAACUACAGCCACCUGGUCUCCGUGGAGGGAAGCUGGAAAGCCGACGACGUGUUAGACAGAACCCGAGAAAGUGAGGACGACCAUUCGGGGCGAGCAGCUUGUGUCAGUGGCAGGACCAUGACCGGAGAGGGAGAGAGCGUGUUCGACACAACUUGCAGCGCAGAGGCAAGCCCUGCGCCUGCCGGCGCGUCCCGCGACUGCGUCUCCUGCGGAAAAGCUGCCGAGCCGAGGGCGGAGCUAAUCACUAGCGACGGGAGCUACGCCAGACAGAGCCGGGGCGGGUGCGGCGGAUGCGGGGAGACGUGCCGUGGGGAGCAAGCCCGGGCGUCUCAUCCAAACGGGGGGGGCUGUCCUCAAAGUGAAGAAAGUGCUCUUCGGAAAACGGACAUUUCAGAGAAACCCUUCGACUAUAACGAGUGCAUGGACGCCUUGGACAGAGACGCUGUUUUCAUGGCCCGUGCGGGCGCUUACGUCGGGGAGAAGCCCUACGCGUGGGGCGACGCCGGGCCAGACUUCCUCCCGCUGUCCGGUUUCAGCGCCUACCAGAGGCCCCAGGUGGAACUGAAGCCCUUCGAGUGCAGCGAGUGCGGGAAGUCCUUCUGUAAGAAGUCCAAGUUCAUCAUCCAUCAGAGGGCCCACACCGGGGAGAAGCCCUACGAGUGCACCGUGUGCGGGAAGUCCUUCAGCCAGAAGGGCACGCUCACCGUGCACCGGAGGUCGCACCUGCAGGAGAAGCCCUACAAGUGCAGCGAGUGCGGCAAGACCUUCUGCCAGAAGCUGCACCUCACCCAGCACCUGAGGACGCACUCGGGCGAGAAGCCCUACGAGUGCGGCGAGUGCGGGAAGACCUUCUGCCAGAAGACGCACCUCACCCUGCACCAGAGGAACCACUCGGGGGAGCGGCCCUACCCCUGCGGCGAGUGUGGGAAGUCCUUCUCCCGCAGGUCGGCCCUCAGCGACCACCAGAGGACGCACACGGGGGAGAAGCUGUAUCAGUGUGACGAGUGUGGGAAGUCCUACUACCGCAAGUCCACCCUCAUCACGCACCAGCGCACGCACACGGGCGAGAAGCCCUACCAGUGCAGCGAGUGCGGGAAGUUCUUCUCGCGGGUGUCGUACCUCACCAUCCACUACCGAAGCCAUCUGGAGGAGAAGCCCUACGAGUGCCACGAGUGCGGCAAGACCUUCAACCUGAACUCGGCCUUCAUCCGCCACCGCAAAGUGCACACGGAGGAGAAGGCCCGCGAGUGCAGCGAGUGCGGGGAGUCCCCGCUGUUCGGCUGCCUGGCCGCCCGCCGCGCGAGCCCCGCAGGGGAGGACCCCUGUGCCUGCGGCGAGUGCGGGAAGCCCUUCCUUGGGGGCUCGGCCCUGGACGGGCACCCGCCGCUGCCGGGAGGAGAGAAGGCCUACGAGUGCAACGUGUGUGGGAAGCCGUUCUCGGAUGUGUCGUACUACACCGCGCACUACCGAAGCCACUCGGAGGAGAAGCCCUACGGCUGCCCCGAGUGCGGGAAGACCUUCUCCCACAACUCCUCCCUCUUCCGGCACCAGAGGGUGCACACGGGCGAGAAGCCCUACGAGUGCUACGAGUGCGGCAAGUUCUUCUCCCAGAAGUCGUACCUCACCAUCCACCACCGCAUCCACUCGGGCGAGAAGCCCUACGCGUGCAGCAAGUGCGGGAAGGUCUUCUCCCGCAUGUCCAACCUCACCGUGCACUACAGGAGCCACUCGGGCGAGAAGCCCUACGAGUGCAACGAGUGCGGGAAGGUCUUCUCUCAGAAGUCGUACCUCACCGUGCACCACAGGACUCACUCGGGCGAGAAGCCCUACGCGUGCGGCGAGUGCGGGAAGAAGUUCCACCACCGAUCGGCCUUCAACAGCCACCAGCGCAUCCACCGGAGGGCAGACGCGAGCGUGCUCCAGGCCGGCGGCCUCCUGUGAAGUCCGGUCCCGUCUCGGAAAACCCCCUGGACGCGACACUUUGGAGUCAGACAUCAUGACAGAGAGUCCGUGCUUCUCAGUGGGGAGGACGUUCAGGCGCUGGGUUUAUUUUGAUCUGAAUGUUCACAGAGAAGAGUCCCCACGGAGACAGCAAGAAGCAACGCCUUCACCAACACACUACAACUCAUCGGACAUUAGAUAAUUUAUACGGGAGUAAACUUUAUAAAUAUUUAAUAUUUAUUUUGGAUUCAGAUUGUAUUCACAUAUCAGGGAAUCAUACCAAGGCGAAGUCUGUCGAAGUAAUAACUGUGAGAAAAUAUUUUGUCUUGGACACUGUCAGACCAGAAGCCAUAUCUGUGGUGUAAAAUCACGUGUUUAUAAGGAAGCUGUCAGCAGCUACCACCUCGGAGUAAACCUCUGUUGUAUUAAAUGAAGUUUCCAGGUCGUCAGGACCAGGUAAUGAAGCCGGCAGCACCGAUACCCCGGAGGAAGUUUCCGCCACGUUUUACAGAUGCAAUCUAGCAAUAUUUCUAUGCAAUUCUACCCUGGGGCGGAGUCGUGUGUGAGGAGGCAGUGGUCUUAUUUGCAUGACGAGAUGGCAGAGCGUUGAUGAGAUGUUUGGGGGGUACAAAAUAACUAAAUGCAUAGUUUUCUAUUCUUUAGAGGUAUUUAUAAAUGAGUUUCUAAUAAAUGCCUCAUUAAUA